CGGGGAUUGGCGGGUGCGAGCUGUGACACUGAGCGGACCCACUGUUCGGUCGCGCGGGUCCCCCCGGGAGCCUAGCUACUGAGAAGAUGGUGGACCACUUGGCAAACACGGAGAUCAACAGCCAGCGGAUCGCAGCGGUGGAGAGCUGUUUUGGGGCAUCAGGGCAGCCGCUGGCCCUACCCGGCCGUGUGCUCCUGGGCGAAGGGGUGCUGACCAAGGAGUGCCGCAAGAAGGCCAAGCCACGUAUCUUCUUCCUCUUCAACGACAUCCUGGUGUAUGGCAGCAUAGUGCUUAGCAAGCGCAAGUACCGCAGCCAGCAUAUUAUUCCCCUGGAGGAGGUAACGCUGGAGCCACUGCCGGAGACCCUGCAGGCCAAGAACCGCUGGAUGAUCAAGACCGCCAAGAAGUCCUUUGUGGUGUCUGCAGCCUCCACCACCGAGCGCCAGGAGUGGAUCAGCCAUAUCGAAGAGUGUGUGCGGAGGCAGCUGCUGGCCACGGGCCGCCAGCCCACCACGGAGCACGCGGCACCCUGGAUCCCGGACAAGGCCACGGACAUCUGCAUGCGCUGCACGCAGACACGCUUCUCGGCACUCACCCGGCGUCACCACUGCCGCAAAUGCGGGUUUGUGGUCUGUGCUGAGUGCUCCAGGGAGCGCUUCCUGCUGCCACGCAUCUCUCCCAAGCCCCUCCGUGUCUGCAGCCUCUGCUACCGAGAGCUGGCCGCCCAGAAGCGGAGCGAGGAGGCCCAGGAGAGUUGCCAGGGCUCUCCAGGGCAGCUGACCCACCUAGGCGGCGCUGUCUGCGGUGCCUCCAGUGGCGACGAUGAGGACUCGGAUGAGGACAGAGAGGGCAAUGGAGAUGGCGACUGGCCCAACCCAGUGGAGUUCUAUGCUUCUGGCGUCUCCUGGUCAGCCUUCCACAGUUGACCUUCACCUGCAGAGUGUCUGCAUCAAGCCCAGGGUCCCCAGCUGCCUGGUUUUGGUGGGACCCCUGCCCAUGGUAGUAGGCGUGUGACAGGUGGCUGUUCCAGAGCCAUUACUCGUGCCUUUCUGCUAAACAGAAGCCUCCUAGACCCUCCUGUGAUUCUGUUCAGAUAAUUGCCUCUCCAUCUCACAUGGCCCAGAACUUGCUGUUCUUGGUGACCAGGCGACAGCUGCAGCCCUUGAGAUUAGACCAGGCCAGGUCUCCCAAACAUUAAGAGACUAGGGAUGAAUAGAGCAAAGGGAAGACCAGACCAGAACAGGGCUCCACUCCACUUUAAAGCUUGGGCUUCAGACCCCAUUUCUAUCUCUGUUGAUGAUUAUUAAUAUUUAAUAUUGAUUUAUUUUUUAGUUAAACAGUGGUUAUUCCUAAACCAGCUACAUACCCAAAUCACCACACAGAGACUGGGCUUUAUUUAAUUAACCUAGAGCACAAUGCUGGGCAAUAAUUACUCCAUCCUAAACCUCCAAGCCUGCAUAGCUUCCUCCCAUUCAGAUUUCCCACGUUAUACUUGCUUUUGAGUCAUAUCUUAGGCCCAGUUCAUCUCUCCUGGUAUUUCCAGGUCCUCUCUUCUUGGAUCUCUCCUCCUACUCCCUUCUCUCUCCUGCCCUCCAGACCAGGAUGUCCCACCCUAUUCUCUCCAUUGCUCAGCAUUGGCUGGUUGUUUUUAUUGGCAAUACAGAGAACAAAUGGUGGCGUGUUUACACAAACUUUACGCAGGUGAUGCUUUUUAAUGCAAUGUCCGGAUUGAAAGCAGAUAGUGGGGUGAGAAAUCAGCAUGUGAAUGAACAACAGUAAAUUGUAUACAUUCCACAUAAACAUUAUACCAACACAUCUCUGCCCCUUAACCGGCUAUGGCAGAGCACCACUAUCCAGAUACCACCACUUGGACACUGAGACCUACCAAGCAGGUCCCAGAUGUACUGCAUGUGCCCUCCAGGCCCAUGUGAGCUGCUGCGGCCUGAGCUCCUCCAGCGCAUCACAACCCAUCAAGGCCUCUACUCUAUCACCACCCUCCAACUAUCUGUUGCCUAGUUCUCCUAUCCCCAUCUCUAUCUGCAGUCAAUAGAAGUGGUGUUUUCUCUUAGCACUCUAGGUUCAGGGACAAAAACCCUAUCUGGACUGACUGACCAAUAAACAAAAAUAAAAUACCAACUGUUUUGGUUGCUAAGAGUACUUUGGCAUCAAAG